AUGACAGAUGAAUACCGUGCAAAAGCACUGGAGGAGCAUAAUCGACAUCGAUCGGAUCUUGCCUCUGGCAAGGAACGGAGUGUUUAUCGAGCCAAAAAUUUGUAUAAAUUCGUUUGUGCAUAUUCUAGAGCUAACUAUCCGGGCCAGCAGAUAUAUGAAUUCGGCAAUGGAUGCAGUCAGAAUUCAGAUUGUACUUUAUACAGUGGAUCGACUUGUGAACGAUCUACCAAUCUUUGUAUCGCACCAGGAUACACCGCACCUGAACCGAAUCCACGUCCAAAACCACCCGUUACGCCAUCACCAUCGGGACAACGAUGCACAUCGAAUGUAAUGACUGAUACCCUUCGUAAACUAGUCGCUAAGAGACAUAAUGCACUCAGACGCGAUGUUGCUUUAGGCAAAUUGCGAAAUGUGGACACGGCACGAAACAUGUACUAUUUGGAUUACGAUUGCGAUCUGGAGAGAAGGGCGCAGGAAUAUGCGGAAAGAUGUGACAUAACAAGCUCGCCUCCAGGCAGUAUAAGCUACGACGGAACUAACAAAAAACCUGGCAGUGUUUCUGAAGCAAUCACAUCUUCAAUGCAACAGUGGGCACAACCUGUGAAGGAUGGUCAAGUCAGAGCUGAGAUUUUUUCGCAGAAUAAUCCAAACCCGACUGCUACUCAGAUGAUAUGGGGGUCAACAACAAGAGUGGGUUGUGGUGUUGCAAUGAACUGUAAUGUCUACUGGGAAGGGAAUUAUUAUGAGACUGUUAUUACAGUGUGUAUGUAUGAACAACCAGGUAACCGACCUGGGGAGCAGAUUUACGAAAGAGGAAGAGCGUGCAACUCAGCAUCCGACUGCACCACGUUUCCGGGGUCGUCUUGCAAAAAGAAGAUCGGACUUUGCCGAAAGAAAUGA